AUGGCCACACAAAAUGACCAGCUGGAUUGUUGGGAUAUCAUUGAUGACAGCCACAUCCCGGAGUUUGACGUGGCUCUGUGGAUUAAGAUCACCCUGGCACUGCUCUACGUCGCCAUCUUUGUGGCGGGCAUCCUGGGCAACAGCAUCACCAUCCAUACUACCAGAGUGCUGCAGAAGAAAGGUUACCUGCAGAAAGAAGUUACAGACCACAUGGUCAGUCUGGCCUGCUCAGACCUGCUAGUCAUCUUGCUGGGAAUGCCUGUGGAGUUCUUCAGCAUGAUAUGGAGCCCAUUUUCGACUCCUAAAGGUGAUCUAGCUUGUAAGCUGUACUGCUUCAUUUUUGAGGCCUGCAGCUAUGCCACAGUUCUGCAUGUGGCUACUCUAAGCUUUGAAAGAUACAUUGCCAUUUGCCACCCUUUCAAGUUCAAAGCUACAUCUGGACCUUGCAAGGUGAAGAUCCUUAUUGCCUUUGUCUGGAUUACUUCGGUUUUGGUGGCCCUUCCUCUCCUCUUUUCCAUGGGCACGGAAUACCCCUUAGAAGCUAUCCAGGGCCAUCGUGGGUUGGUUGCCUGCAGAAAGCCCCAAGGGAGGCACCACAUGCCUGACCUAAGGUUAAAUGUGACUAUUUGCACCAGUUUAUCCUCCAAAUGGAAAGUCUUCCAGACUGGUAUCUUCACUGCCUUGAUCGUGUAUGUUGUGGUGUUGGUGUCUGUAGCCUUUAUGUGCCGGAAAAUGAUGAAAACCCUGAUGCUUCACAAGCAAGGAACCUUAGCGAUAAAAGCAGAGCGGGACAACCAACACCAGUACCUAAGGAAGAAUGAAAAUCCAGACAGCAGAAGUUCCAGGAAACAGACCAUCCUCUUUCUAGGUAAGAUCACAUCAGGGUGGUGUGGGGUUUUGUGGUAG